AUGUCAAACGAGUCGGCGAGACCAAAGGUCCUGCAGCUGGGCGUUAUUGAGCUUGCACAUGAGGCGUUGAACUCCAUCGGCCAGAUCGCAGACAUUAUUGUUCCCAAGGCUACCAGCCGAGCUGAGUUCAUCGCCGAAUGCCGUUCUGGGGCCUUCGACGGCGUUGUCGCUGCUUUUCGAACCUUUGAGUCGGCGGCCAUCACGGGCCUUGUUGACCAAGAGCUUCUCGCCGUCCUUCCUUCGAGCCUAAAGUUUAUUUGCCACAAUGGUGCUGGAUACGACCAAAUCGACAUCCCCGCCUGCACGGCACGGUCUAUCCUCGUCUCCAACACGCCAACCGCCGUGGACGAUGCCACGGCGGACAUCGCCAUCUGGCUUAUGAUUGGCGCACUGCGUAACCUCAAUGUCUCCAUGUCCGCCCUCCGUGAGGGCACUUGGCGUGGCCAGCCUCUGCCUGCUCUGGGCCACGACCCCCAGGGCAAGAUUCUCGGAAUCUUGGGAAUGGGUGGCAUCGGGAGGAAUAUGGCUAAGAAGGCGCUCGCCUUCGGGAUGAAGAUAAGAUAUCAUAAUAGGACGAGGUUGACGGAAGCGCAGGAAAAGGAGUGUGAGGCGGAAUACGUGGACUUCGAGACGCUUCUAAGAGAGAGCGAUGUCUUGAGUUUGAACCUACCACUUAACUCGCAUACUCGCCACACGAUAUCGAAAGCGCAGUUUGACAUUAUGAAACGGGGUGUUGUUAUUGUCAACACUGCCAGAGGAGCCGUCAUGGACGAGGCUGCCCUCGUGGAUGCCCUGAACAACGGGAUUGUCUCUACCGUGGGUCUCGAUGUGUACGAAAAUGAGCCCAAGAUCCAACCUGGACUUGCCUCGAAUCCGUCCGUGCUCCUGGUACCGCACAUGGGGACCUGGACCGUCGAGACCCAUCUGAAAAUGGAGGAAUGGGCUCUCGGCAAUGUGCAGCGUGCGCUCGCCGAAGGAAGGCUCAGGACCAUUGUGCCUGAACAGAAGGACAAAGCAGAGCUGUGGGCGAUUUAA